UGAAAUCGAGAGUGGCUGGACAUAUCCAGCCCCCUCUAGAGACCAGUACCCCUGAUUACAUAUACUGAGAGGGGACGGUCACGGUCUGAACAUUCUGGCAAAGGGUAUUGAGGCGACCUUGACCUUAUCCAGACCCUACACAAUUGUGUUCGUCACGCAAACCGAGUAGAGAACGAUGGCCUCCAAUCCGCCUGAUACCAGUACUGGCUGGCUGAAGCAGGAACCCCCAAAGUUACCACCGGGAUACCAGAAACAUCACAUUGUCUUUCUCGAAGCGGUGCAUAUGCCGCUCGCAGAACUACCCUUUGAACAUACAAUCGACGUAUAUUCCAGAACUCUGCCCCACGAGAUCGCAGAGCGCAUCAAACCGGCAACCAUUGUUAUUUCCAACAUUAUUGAUGUCAAGCCUUCAGACAUGGACCAUGCUCCCCACAUGCAACUCUUGGCAAUCCUCGCGACGGGCAUGGGAUGGGUCGACAAGGAAUACUGCGCCAGACGAGGCAUCUCUGUCGUGAACGGACCAGGUGCGAAUAUCGAUGCGGUCUCGGAACACUUCUUGGCAUUACAGCUGGCGAGCCGCAAAAGAAUUGGUGUUGUGGACCACACAGUCAAACAUUCCGACGAAUGGCGUCAGACCAAUUCGUUGACGAAGAAAGUCUGGCCGAGUGGUCCUCCUCUGGGUAUUACGCAGGAAACUCUCGGGAUUCUGGGAUAUGGGGCUCUCGGCAAGAAUAUCGAGCGUUUAGCAAAGGCGAUUGGAUUUAAGGAGGUGCUCAUUGCCGACCGAAGAGGAGCUCGGGAGCUGAGAGAGGGGAGGACGCCGUUUGAACAGGUCAUUCAGCAGAGCUCGACGAUUGUGUUGGUUCUCCCGCGCGAGCCCGACACCAUCAAUUUGAUCGAUGAAGCAGAGCUCAAGGCCAUGCGAAAGGACGCUCUCGUGAUCAACGUUGCGCGAGGUGGGAUUGUGAAUGAGGCUGCACUGGCCAAAGCGUUGAAAGAGGGCUGGAUCUCCGGAGCGGCAACAGACGUCCUCGAUACUGAGCCAGGUGGACCAGGUUCCACGCCAUUGUUACCAGAUCUGAGUAAAGGGGAGGAAGCAGUACCCAAUCUUCUCAUUACAUCACAUGUCGCUUGGUUUGCCCAGGCGACCAUCAGCAAUUUGCAACGCAUCAACAGAGAUGCGAUGACUGCAUAUGUGGAAGGAAGAAUGUACGAUCCCAAAGAGAAGCAUGUGGUGGCGGUGCAUGACGGGAAAAUUUGGAAAUAGUGAAAGUUGCCUAGGUAUACCUAUCGCAAUAUUGCUAUUGCUGCCGUGAUAGUGUGGAGCUUGGUUUAGGUAGGCCACUCGGGCUGACUAACGCAUAUGCAAAACCUCAGACGAACUCACAUAUACAGGAACGGUACCUACCUGACCCAGCGAUGGGCGCUUCGAGACAUCAGUAGAGAGUAAGGAAUCAAUGAAUCCAGCACAAUCUUAUCUUAUCC